GAAUUGCUCUCAGAAUUGGAUCCUUUAAUUGUUCCCUAAUUUUAAUUUUCAAUUACAAAAUUUAAAAAGAGCAAUUAAAGUUAACGAAAAUUUGUUUCAUAUAGCUUAAGAACCGCGUGCAGCGUAGAGCAGAACACCAUCGAGCAUAUCACAACCACGAGCCGAGAGAACCGCAACAAGAACCGCGAGCGGAGAGAGCUACGAGCAGAGAGAACCGCGACCAGAAAGCACGACGACAGAGAAGAGCACGAGGCAUCACCACAUAGCGAAACUAUGGUGGGUUUGGCGUGGCCGGAGAAGAGAAUGACACAGCACAGAAGAUAAUGACACAGCGCAGCCAACGGAGACCAGAACAGCGAACCCUAAUCCACGAGGUGGAGGAGAAUAGCGAGCCUAAUCACGAAAACCCCUCUGGACUCGCCAACUCGAUUGCAAGCUCUCGAGUGUGGCCGAGCUCACGGAGUUCACAACGAGCCUACCAAUCCUGCAUAAGAAACGAAUUUUCUUCCGAGUCAACUCGGGCAAUCGGUACUCUUGGUCCUCUGUGUGCAUGACUUCAUUGCGAGACAAAGCACUGCUGAUGAUGAAUAUACAUUGCUUGGGAAGGAGUCUCGCCACUGCUUCAUCAUCUUUGCUCCCUGUGCAACUCCCUGCACAAAGGGAAGUUCAUUUUUGGUAUGUUUUACCUGAUGAGGUCAAGAGCACAAACCUAUUGAACCAAUAUUUAGAAAUUCUAUCGCCUUGUGAGAAAGAAAAUAUAAUUACCAUGCGCGGGGAACAGAUAAGGAAAAGAGCUCUGCUGGCCCGUGCAUUAGUUCGCACCACAUUAGCAAGAUAUCAGACGAAUUGUCAAAUUGAUCCAAAAUCUUUAAUGUUUAGGAAGAACAAUUAUGGCAAGCCUGAGCUGGACUGGCCACAUGCUGAUGAUUGGAGCCGCCCACCACUGCAUUUUAAUAUCUCACACACUUCGUCUUUGAUAGCUUGCGGAGUAACUGUGGGUUCAGCUAACCAUUGUCUCCUCCUUACUGCCUACUUUAUCCCUAUCUUUUUUUCUCUUCCAAUAAUGCUGUAUCAAGGAAGGCCCAUUAUGUUGAGGCCCAUCAUAGGCAUUGUGUUCUCUUCUAGUAUUGGUAUUGAUGUGGAAGUGAAGCAAAGGAGGUUAAAGAAUGAUACAUUAGCCUUUGCACAACGCUUCUUUUCUCCUUUGGAAAUAGAAAUGUUGACUCACAUUGUGGACCCUGAACUCCGUCUUCAAGAGCUCAUUAAAUUAUGGACUCUAAAGGAGGCAUAUGUAAAAGCACUAGGGAAGGGCUUCUCAGCCUCACCUUUUAAGAGUUUCACCGUGCGAUUAGGAGACCAUGUGAAAGGAAACUUCCAUACUCCACCUCAUAUGAUUUCUAAGGCACAUGAUAUUACUGUUGAGACUUCUGAUGAGCUGAAGAAUCCGUCUAGCAAUUGGCAGUUUGGACUUCUGGAGUUAGCUGGUUCUCAUUAUGCUGCCGUUUGUAUUGAACAGGACAGCAUCGAUGCAGGCAAUGAGAGUAUUCCAAUAGAUCUGACCCUGAGGAAAACAAUCCCAUAUGUUGAGGAUGAAUGUGUUUCUGCAAGUGAUAGUGCUGUAGUGAUUGGUGGCUUGACUAGAUUGUCAACUUCUGAUUAGUGAUUUUGUAAUGAAAUGGAAAUUUAGGUAGUAGCUUUACAUUCUGCCUUCCUUCAGCAUUUUGGAAUAAGUUCUUACAAGUUUUCAGUGUUCCCAUUGUUGUUGCCUAGGAUACGAUCUGCCAAUUGCACUGUAACGUGGAACAUAUUGCGGUCAUUUCUUGGUCUCCUUAGGUAUGAUCUAAUCAACAACGUUGCAAUCCGUGUAAAAUUUAUAAUUAUAUGAAAA